CUCUCUCUCUCUCUCUCUCUCUGGCGCUAACGCCACAGUCGAGAGCACCAAAAAACACUCGAAGCUAAAACCCUAAUUGAGCUCGCGAACGACGAAGUGAGACCUAGCCAAAGCACCUGCGGGUGAAGGAGAUGGGGACUCUGGGGAAAGCGAUAUACACCGUCGGCUUCUGGAUUCGGGAAACAGGUCAAGCCCUUGAUCGCCUUGGCUGUCGCCUCCAGGGCAAUUACUACUUCCAAGAGCAAUUGUCGAGGCAUCGAACUCUUAUGAAUAUAUUUGAUAAAGCUCCUGUGGUGGAUAAAGAUGCAUUUGUGGCCCCAAGUGCCUCUAUUAUUGGAGAUGUGCAAGUUGGGCGAGGAUCAUCUAUCUGGUAUGGCUGCGUUUUGAGAGGUGAUGUCAACAGCAUCAGUGUUGGUUCUGGAACUAAUAUACAGGACAACUCUCUUGUGCAUGUGGCAAAGUCUAAUCUUAGUGGGAAGGUUCUGCCAACUAUCAUUGGGGACAAUGUCACUGUAGGUCAUAGUGCAGUUUUACAUGGUUGUACUGUUGAAGAUGAGGCUUUUGUUGGUAUGGGAGCUACACUUCUAGAUGGAGUUGUUGUGGAGAAACAUGGAAUGGUUGCCGCUGGAGCACUUGUAAGACAGAACAGCAGGAUUGCCUCUGGGGAGGUGUGGGGUGGAAAUCCUGCCAAAUUUUUGAGGAAGCUCACUGACGAAGAAGUAGCCUUCAUCUCUCAGUCUGCCACCAAUUAUUCCAACCUUGCACAGGUCCAUGCAGCUGAGAACGCAAAGCCCUUUGAUGAGAUCGAGUUUGAGAAGGUGCUUCGUAAGAAGUUUGCUCACCGCGAUGAAGAGUAUGACUCAAUGCUGGGUGUUGUACGCGAAACUCCUCCAGAGCUUAUUCUUCCGGAUAAUGUCCUACCCGAUAAGGCACCUAAGGAUAUACAAAAGUGAGAUCUUUGUAAGUCCUUUCUUUUGGCUCAAAUCAUGGGUUUUAUUGCCAUGGAUAUUGUUAUGUGCAAGCACAUGUAUGAAAGAUCAUUUCUUUUGCAAUAAGUACCAGACACAUGCCAGGGUUGCAUUUAUGAGUUCAAUCUCUCACAGAAGCUCAUCAUGUGGAUUUUAGAGAAAGUAAUUUUGCUUCCGGAGAAAUUAAUCCCAUGUAGCUUCAUGUAUGUUGAUCUUCUCAAUUGCUUCCACCCUGGAUGUCCUCAAGAUUUGUUGUACUCAAGAUUUCCUUUUAGCCGGGAAUGGCAUGAGAACUCUUCUCUCUUUGUUGG